AUGUCAAAGGAUCGAUCCUUGUCAGAGUAUAACCGUCUUCUCGAAUUUACAACAGAUUUGCUAAUAAAAAAGAAAGUUGCAAUUUGGGGAAUAAAUUUGUUAAGAACAUCAAUUUUAAUUUUUACACAAGGAAAUUCUAAUUGGUUAACAAAUAUUCAUCCACUUUUGUUUUGUUUGUGCCUCAAAGCUCGCUAUUUUGAUAAUAUUGAACCUUUCUUAAAAAUUGAUGUAACUCAAUUAUUGAAGCAAUCAUAUAGUGCUGUUAGUUUUCAAACAAAUCAACAGCAACAACAAAUUGUUAGUGAGGUGACUUCGACUGAUAAUUCGAAUACAUCUACAACUCAACAACAACAACCGCCACAACCAUCAACAACAACAACAGCUCCUACAAAUUCGAGUAGUUUAACUUCGACAGCCGUUUCUUUCUUACAAAGAGCUGUCAACACGGUUUCUGGAACUUUUGGCAAUCCAAAAAGUGAUGUACCUUGCAAUAAACCUACUCUUCAAAUUGUUUUAUUCAAUCGACGUUCAAUUCUAUUAUAUUUUUAUUAUGGUGCUUUAAUUUAUGGAGCUUUGGAAAAAUGGGAAGAUUCGUGUUUAUUUCUUGAGUAUUUAAUUACUUUGCCGUCAAAACGAUGUUCUUCAAUUAUUUUGGAAGGAUUGAAAAAAUAUUUAAUUAUAUCUUUAAUUAUUGGACGCAAAAAACCUUUGGAUUUAUUGCCCUCUUACCGAACACCAAGUUUAAAUCGUAAUUAUUAUCAUUAUGCUCUAGUUUAUAUUCGUUUACCCCAUUUAAUUGAAAAAGCUUUGGAAGCCAAAAAAGAUUUGGUUGUUGUUUUGGAAAAUUUUUUGAAUGAUAAAAUUGCUGUGUUUUCAAAGGAUCAAAAUGUUGGUCUAAUGAAGGUGCUUAUUAAUGUUUCUCGUGAAAAUGCAUUGAAACGACUUGAGAAUGUGAGGGUUUUUUUAAAAUUUUUUAAAAUUUAUUAAGGGAUUUUUGGGACUAUUUUUGGAUAUUUUUUUGUGCUUUUUAAGAAAGAAAAAAUUUUUUUGGGAAGUUUUGGUUUUGGAUGAAUUAUAGAAGGGAUAUUUUGUCUAUUUUCAAGAAUAAAAAUUUUUUUUGCAC